AUGGCAAGAGGAAAGAAAAAAGUAGUAGCUGCUGAACCAGAGCAAAAUGAGCAGACUCGUUCCUCUUCACUACUUCACGCCAAAUCAGCCCAGGGCCUUCCCAGCAUUCUCGCAAUCGAGCGAUUCAUAAGUGGUAAGAAGAGCCAGAAGUCGAAUACUCACCUGUUCACCAUCAAACAAGAGCUUAAGGAGUCGUUGAAAGACUACAUUACUUGCAUCAAUGAAGAAGCGUUGCAAGUGGAGGACUACGAUGACAAGAUGGCACUCUCCGCUAUGUUCGGUGGUCUGAAAGAAGGAAGGUUCACCUUCUCUAUUGGGAAGAAUUUGCCAAAAAUGUUAGCUGACCUCAUCGUCAGUGCUCAAAAGUACACUAACGCCGAGGAGUUCUCCAAUGCUCGUAAGAAUGUUCAACUGAUAGAUCCAACUGGUAAGGGGAAGAGGCCUAGGAACGAAGAAUCUCAGCUGACCAGCAAGGGACCAGAUGACUGUUCCCCCAUGAUCGUUGCCCGAGCUGAAAACUGGAGGGAAAAUUUCGUUCCUACACCCCCCCUCAACACGUCCACCGAACAGAUCUUACUGGACAUCCGAGGGGUGAAACUUCUAAAUUGGCCUGUCUGCAUGAAGGCCGACCCAGAACAUCGAGACAAAUGUAAGUAUUGCCGUUGCCAUCGAGAUCACGGCCAUAACACAGCCGACUGCGUGGACCUCAAGGAUGAGAUCGAGACCCUUAUUUGUAAGGGGCAUCUGCGCUGA